GUUGUUACAAACAAAAAAAACUAGUGUUCAUAAAGGGUUUUGAUUGCCACCAUUUCUCCGAACGACGUCGUUUCGUUAUUGAUAUCUUUGAUUCAUCGACUGUGUGCGCGAAUUUGUGCAAGAGAAUUAGGGAAACACGUCUAAAACGCAGAGAGGAAAGGAAGAUGGAGAAAGAGAAGGAGAGUGUGAGCUUGGAAGGAGGGAAAGUGAUACUUGUCCCUUACAUGAAACAACAUGUUCCCAAAUACCAUGAGUGGAUGCAAGACCCAGCUCUGCUUCAAGCCACCGGCUCUGAGCCCCUCACUCUCGACCAGGAAUACCAGAUGCAGCUCACCUGGACCCAAGACCCCAACAAGCAGACUUUCAUUGUGUUAGAUAAGCAAUUGGUUGUGGGAGAGUUCAAACACGGAGAGGCCCAUGUGGAAGCCAUGGUAGGUGAUGUGAAUUUAUAUAUGAAUGACCUGGAUGAUCCCCAAUUGGGAGAGGUUGAAAUAAUGAUAGCUGAACCCAAAAGUCGUGGUAAAGGACAUGGGAGGGAAUCUGUCUUGAUGAUGAUGGCAUUUGCAGUUUUGAAUUUGGGAAUUCACAUCUUCCGUGUUAAAAUUGGAGAAUCAAAUGUUGCAUCUCUUAGCUUGUUCCAGAAAUUGGGAUUUGAGGAGACUUCUCGUAGUGAAAUCUUCAAAGAGGUGACAUUGGAGCUAAAUGUAACAAAGGCCAAGCAUGAGGAGCUACUGCAUUUGAUGGGUAGCUUGGUUAUGCAUACCAACUGUCAAUAACCUACUUAUUCAGGUUACUUUCCCAUAUCAUUAUCAAAUCAACUGUCACCCUAGUGCUUUGUAUGCCAAAAGGGUUUGAGGUUGCUAGACUGAACAGGCUACACAUAAACAUUAGAGCUAAACUAACACGUAAUGCCAUAUUGAAGAUCAAUCUAACUGGUCUGUUACUUCUCCUAUCCAUUUUCACCCUUUUUUAAUUUACUUAUUUCCUUA